AUGAGCUCAACUGAAGGAAGUUAUUACGAAAGUACUGAUUAUACAGAGACAAACACAGAGCAAGAAUCAACCGCAUCAGCUCAAGAUGAAAAUGGCGUAAUUCCUGUAUCGCAAAGUUCUGAGCAAAAUGAAACUGGCGAAUCCAGCGAGGCUCCAGCUCCAGUAGCUCAAGAAAAGGAAGCUCCACCGCCGCCACCUCCUGAACCAGAGGUAGAUCCUCUGGAGGGAAUCACCUACGAUGAUAAUCCAGAAGAAGAAUUGCCAGAAUUUGGAGAACAGGCAUACUGGGAGAAAACAUAUACAGACGAUGUCGAGCUUACAGAAUGGUAUUUAGAUCCAGUCGAUUUGAAGAGCUUGAUCAAAAAAUUUGUCGAAAAAGAAACAAAAGUACUUGUCACAGGAACAGGUACAUCAGUUCUUGCUCCAUCUCUUGCUAAAGAUGGAUAUGAAAAUGUUGUCGCUAUAGACUACGCAAAACCAGCAAUCGUUAAAAUGAAAAAAGUCAACAAAGAAGUAGAGAAUUUAUCAUUUAAAGUUAUGGAUGUUCGCGAUAUGAAAUUCCCUGAUGGUGAAUUCGGAGCUGUUAUUGAUAAAGCUACUUUAGAUUGCGUUUAUCAUCUUGGAGAAAAAGAUGUUACAGCUUAUGUUGCAGAAGUUGCAAGAGUUUUGUCUAAGAAAGGCGUCUUCAUUUGCGUUUCAAAUGUUGAACAGAAGUUUUAUGAACAUUUCUUUGACAAACAAACAGAGCUUAAUAUCAAGCUCGAGAAGGUCCAAGAAGUCAAGAAACCAAUACAAUCUGAUAGACCAUACUAUGUUUACGUUGUCAGAAAGGUUUCCAGACAAUUAUUUUAA